CUUGUGUUCAGGAUCUACUGAACGUCGAGAUUGUGGCGGCACAAGCCAGGAGCCGGGUCCUUGCGACGGAGACUUCGAUUUACAACAGCUUCUCCCUGGUCUUUCGCAACGUGAAACACACGACUUAAGACUACGGGGAUCGCAACAAGUCACUUUGUCUAGAUUGCUCUCCGCCACGAUCAUCUUAACUCAGACCGAAGCAUCGGCAAUGGUGUUAAUGUGUAGAGUUGUAGAAUGAAGCAGGAGUGACUGUAGUUGUCGUCGUCGUCGUGAUUGUGGUGGUUGUUGUUUAAAAUUCUUGUAGUUGAGAACUGGAGUAGCAGUUGGAGCAGUUGGGAUAUCUGGUGUAGGGGUGAGAAUCAGGGUUGAGAGGGUAGCAGAUGGCUGUGGCGAUGGAGGUUGCGUGGAGGGGUGUGGAAUUAGGCAGUAGCCCGGUGGUGUUGGAAAUGAGCAAGAAGCGUGCGUGGGGUGCGGACACAGAAAAAUUGAUGCAGUUCAUGAUGGGCCAGUUUGGAAGCUCCUCCUCUAGCGGGGUGAAGCAGGUGGAGGUAACGCUAGAUUUGCUUGGCACUGCUGCUGGUUCGUCGCCUGUCAGGGGGUCUGAAUUGGACUGCAACUCCUCGGCUGAGUUUCUGGAACUAGACCCCGAUCAGCCCCUCCCCGCCGACUGGGAGAAGUGCCUUGAUUUGAAGACAGGAGAGCUUUACUUCGUGAACAAGAGCACGGGUGUGAGGACGAGCGAGGAUCCACGGAAGGUGCAACAAAGGGUCGUUGCCGUGAUGACCCGAGCAGUUGACUCGGUGCCUACAGCAUCACCUCUUGCGCACGAGUUUCUCGGCAGCAAGAGGUCGGAGACACUUCGUGAGGAGAGCCUAAGGACUUCGACAUCUUCUGGUUCCUCGGGAGGCACAAGCCCCCGAAAUACCAACAUCCCAGGACACCAGCUUCUUUCUUUCUCCACUGGCAAGCAACUAUGGAAUUUGCAGCUGGACGACCGCAGAACUGUGAGUCUAAACAGGACCGGAAGCCCCAAGGCGCAAGCCCCACCGUUCCUCAGUUUUUCAGACGAGGAGGAAUCUAACCUAGAGCUGGACUUGAACUUGGCCGCUGGCGGAAACUCCCCCCGCUUGCAGCAACAUAAUCAGCAACAGAGCGUCUGCACGAUGGAGAUGGUAGAGAAAGCUUUGAAAAGAACGGAGAAGGCUUUGGGGAAGCGAGAGAUGCCGACCACCAGUUUCGGCCCUAAACAAUCCGGUUCAUCGUCCUUCUCUUCGCUCCCAUCCGCUCGGGGCGAGUCGUGGUCGCAUUCCUCUCCGUCCACCAGCAGCUCCUCUUCCACAUCCUCAAGAUCUGGUCAUCAGGGAGCAUCACAUCACGACGACUCCCAGAGGUUGAGGCCCUCUGCUCCAGGGGUUUCUGAAGCGGAGAGUCGGAAAAUUGAGACCACUGUCACUGGCGCCCUUGUGAUGGGAGCGUGCACGAGGUGUCUCAUGUACGUGAUGCUGAACAAGAGCGACCCCAAGUGCCCGCGAUGCGAGAACGAAGUGCCGCUGGACUUCAGCUCUCCGCCGUCGGGCAAGAGGCAACGAGUGGAGACUUUCAAAAUUCAGAUGUCGUGAUCCUAGUCCAUUCCAUUAGCUUCUGUUAGUUAUACAACAAGUAGCUUCUUAAGUUUCCUGUUCCCUUGCCACUGGAAUCGUCCAGAUUUCUUGUAAGAAACUCUUCGGAGAGUCUUCGUGAUCGAAGCAGGAGGGAGAAGGAACUGGAGUUGGUUUGUUUCUCUGCUCGAGAACAUAAUUAAGGGUUCAAGAGAAAAGUGCUCUCUCCUCGUGUACAUUGUAAAGUUGUAGUUAGGCUUAAAAAGAAGAUACAUUGCUGUCGCUGUUAAAGCAGCGGCAGGAAUCUGUACCAUGUUUUUAUCACUCACAGUAAAAAUUACUGAUGCUACUAGAGAAUCACCACACA